CUCCACUGAUGCCAGGCUCAGGCCACUCAGAGCUCUGCCGUCGGACUGACGAUGCCACAGCAUACACACAGUUCCCUAACCCACGUUCUCCUGUUGUGGAUCACCACCCUCUCCGUUGUCCAGCUUGGGUUCAUCGUCUUCUUCUUCACAGCUGGACGGUCUCAGAACAGUAGCGAUGUAGCACCACAGCACACAAAGGCAAAAAUCCAGGCAAACAAUACAUCCUCGUACCCCUCUGAGCCUGGAAUUCCCUUGGGCGGAGGCAAAAUGCUCACCUUUAAGGCCACUGAAGUCAACAGCAAAAUUAAGUGGGUAACAAAAAGUCCAGACGAACGCCUGAUCUCAGGAGCAGAAGGAGGAAAAGUUCUAAAAAUAAAGAAGGAUGGAUAUUACUUCCUAAGUCUUCAGAUAACACUGAAUUCAUGCAAUGCAAAACCAUUAGAGCACACAGUCAGUCUGAAGGCAAAGGACAAAGAUCUCCUGAAGGGUUGGAUUAACAACAACACAUGCAGCACAGGCUCCCUCUCAAAGGUGGAGGAGCUUCCUGCUGGAAGCACCUUGGAGGUCACCGUCUGCGAGACAGGCCCCAAUGAAACCAUUAAUGAAGAAGAAUCUCACCUGGAUAUCAUCUACAUUUUCAAGCCUUGGAAGUAG